UUCGCUCUAUAUGUGCAUGUGUGUACACUCUACAAGCUAAGCUGGUUGCCGAAUCCCACCAACUUCCAAAGCAAGCGGCCACACUGCCAAAUCUCUCAACUCAACCCAACCCAUUACUUUCUGGUUUCGAAUCAGAAACAGGAUGCUCCGGCUCUUUGUUUCCUCGAGUUUUCUUCUGAUUUUGAUUUCUAUGGCGGCUUGUAGCCCUCCACCAGAUCCCGUUCACUGUGACCGAUCACCGGGGAAUCGAAGUUGCAGAGUCACAAACUCCUACGGCGCCUUCCCGGACCGGAGUGUCUGCCGGGCCGCCGCCGUCGCCUACCCCACGACGGAAGACGAGCUCAUCUCCGUCGUAGCCAACGCCACAAUGAACAAAACGAAGAUGAAAGUGGCGACGCGCUUCAGCCACAGCAUCCCGAAGCUGGUUUGCCCCGACGGCGACGACGGGCUGCUCAUAAGCACCAAGUUCCUGAACCGGACGCUGGAGAUUGACCGCUCCGCCAUGACGAUGACCGUCGAGAGCGGCGCGACACUGCGGCAAGUGAUCGACGCCGCCGCCGAGGCCGGCAUGGCUCUGCCCUACACGCCCUACUGGUGGGGCUUGACUGUCGGCGGUCUUAUCGCAACCGGCGCGCACGGCAGCACGUUGUGGGGCGAGGGCAGUUCCGUCCAUGACUACGUUGUUCAACUCCGAAUCGUGACUCCGGUCGCUGCCGACCACGGCUACGCCAAGGUCCGAACACUUGCCGCCGGUGACCCCGAUCUUAAUGCGGCUAGAGUCUCUCUCGGAGUUCUCGGCGUCAUUUCACGGGUUACUCUGAAGCUGCAACCGAUCUUCAAGCGAGAAAUCAGUUUCAGGGAGACGAACGAUUCCGAUCUGGGAGAUAUGGUUGGGAGCUUCGGGAAGAAACACGAGUUUGCGGACAUAACAUGGUAUCCGAGUCAGAGAAAGGCGGUGUAUCGGAUAGAUGACAGAGUCUCCGGCGAUGUCUCCGGCUACGCUACCCUUGACUUCCCCGGCUUUCGCUCCAGGCCGUCGCUUCUUCUCGCAAUGUUAAGAACUGCAGAGGAGAAUCAAGAACUGAUCGGAAAUGCAGACGGGAAAUGCUUCGACGGCAAGAUCACUACAUCAUCUCUCAAGAUCAGUGGCUAUGGCUUGAAAAAUAACGGCGUUGCCUUUAUGGGAUACCCUGUGGUGGGAUACCAGAACCGCGUGCAAGCCUCUGGAAGCUGCCUGGACAGCCACGAAGACGCAGGGCUCACUGGCUGCGCGUGGGACCCCAGGCUGAAGUCCCUCUUCUUCCACCAAACCACCUUCAGCAUCGCCCUCUCCAAGGUCAAGCCCUUCAUUAAGGACGUACAGAAGCUUGUCGAGCUGGAGCCCAAGGCCCUGUGCGGCGCCGAUCUCUACAAUGGCAUCCUCAUGCGCUAUGUCGGGGCUUCUAGCGCCUACCUGGGGAAGCAAGAGGAUGCCGUCGACUUCGACAUCACCUACUACCGGAGCAAAGACCCCAUGAAGCCCAGGCUCUAUGAGGACGUGUUCGAGGAGGUGGAGCAGCUCGGGUUGUUCAAGUACGGAGGGCUGCCGCACUGGGGCAAGAACAGGAACGUGGCGUUCGUCGGAGCUGUAAAGAAGUACAAGAACAUCGAAGAGUUCUUGAAGGUUAAGGCAAAGUACGAUCCGGUGGGGCUCUUCUCGAGUGACUGGACGGACCGAUUACUUGGUCUAAAAGACAGUAAAGAUGGGGCUGGAGUUACAGUCGUGAAGGAUGGUUGCGCUCUGGAAGGGUUGUGUGUAUGCUCUCAAGACUCGCACUGUGCGCCAAGCAAGGGCUACUAUUGUCGACCAGGGAAGAUUUAUAGAGAUGCGAGUGUCUGCACUCGUUUAACUACUCGGUAACCAAUUGGGAAUCGGAGGAAGGGACAGUUGGUUGUGAAGUCGUGGCCACUUGAAAGUUAUUGCUAGCCAAGGGGUUGUUCCACUUUCCUUAUUUCAUGGACUUGUGCUACCAGCAUGUGUAAAAAAAAAAAAAAAAAAAACACAAAAAGCAACUUAAUUAGAGUUCGAUUGAAUAUAUAUAAUUUAGUAAACAUGUUUAAUUAGCUAAGCCUAAACCUUAGCUAUGUGUUCCUGUUCUAUAAUUUAGUCUACGAGUGUUUUACUA